AAAAUUAAGUGUUUAAAAAAAAAGCAAUCGCUUUGAUAAAUAUAUUGCUAUAUUUAGCCUAAGUUACUCUUUGCACAUACAUACAUACAUACAUACAUAUAUACAUACACCGAUGGGGAUUCUAUGGAUCGGUAAUGUUCGACUAUCUUCGACUUUCUUCGGAUUAUCUCGGAUUUUUGCAAUGUAUAGUAAAAUUCAGUAUACUGACGACCGUUGGUCACGUUGACGUUCGGCUUUUAUAUUUUACUGAUUCAAAUUCGAUCUGAACGUCAUUUAAGUUACCUCAAACAAAGGAAAAAGACGAUAAAGUAACUGCUGCUUCGAUCUCCUUUCAAGUAUGUUAAUAAAACGUGUACUGAGAAACGAUCGUCUCAGGAUGGUUCAAUGAAUGGAUUAGAAGUGAAAAGGACGCAGAUUUACGUGCCUUGUUGGAAUUAAUACGAAAGUCUACAUCUUGCAAACCGACACAUGUAAACUCAUCGAUCAAAAGGGAAUGUUUGUUUUGCUUCUCUCUGUCUUUGAGUCUCGAACCAUCGCGAAGGUUAGAGAGAACGACAGUACGAUCACUUGACUUCGUAAGUUCACGAACUCUUUAUCAAUCUAUUUCGAAGCAAACAUAAUUGAAGGGAACAAUGGCUGGCAGUGGAGAACUUUGGGUACAGUGUUUUACCUGUUGUUUGAUGCAACAAGGGCCAAGGACACGUAAUGGAAGACAGAGGUCACAUCAGAGGCUAAGGAUAGAUCGUAGCAUGAUAGGAGUACCUACAAAUUUUAGGCAUACUGGCCACAUUAGCAGUGGAGAUCUCGAUAUGAGCAGUGCACAAUUGUCAAAUAUUCAGGCACAGAUGCAAAUGAAAGGAGGCUAUGAUAAUGCAUAUAGUGUCAAGGCAUGUUGAAAAUAAUUAUAGGACAUUCUCAGACUGCUCUAUAAAUAAUCUUAUGAAACAAAUAAAAAAAAAAUAAAAAUGACUGAGUUUUAAUACUUAUGAUCUUUGUGUAAAGAUCAACAUACAUGCAGCUAUUGUAUUUUUAGAGUAUGCUCAAAGAAAAUACUUUGAAUAUGUUUAAGACAGAAGCAUGAUGAAAAAUAUUUAAUUAUCAUACUGAAAGUUAUUCUCAUUCGUAAGAAAUGAGUUUACGAUUAAAAUAUUCAUUUUAAUUAUGUAAAAACAUUUGACUUCCAUGCCACUUGGAUUUUAAUUUCCACAGUGAAGACUGUAUAUUUAAUAGAAACAGAAACUGCCAUAUUAUACACAACUUCCUUCAGGUUCAUUUUUUAUUAUUUACAAUUAUUCUUCCAUUUUAAAAAAAUGUUUACUAAUGACAUAAUAAUGUUUAAUAAUGACUGUUACAUUAUAUGUUAAUCAUAUUUACAUGUUCUUUCUUUUUUUGAUAUGAGAACUUUUACAGUAAUAGAUUUAUCAUUAAGAAGUAUUAGAUACUGUUCUUAUAAUUGCAAGUGCAAAUGUAAGUACUCCGUGUCGCUAAGUAGUGUUUUUGUAAAAAGAAAAUGAAAUAAUGUAUUUUGCAUAGUUCACCUGUGCUGACUAAUGGAUAAAUAUUUUUAGCAUAUAUAUGGUGAACGUCCAUGUUCACAAAGCACGGCCCAUUUUUCCUACUUCUGUAUUCAUCCCUGAAUAGGGUGUAUAAAUUUACAUUAGGUAAUUUUCGGAACGUAGAUGUGUCAGAAAUUGAAAAAAUGAUUUAUACGUAUUUGCCUAGUCUAUAACCAUUCUAUUAAACCUCAUGAAUUAUGCUAACUAUUGUUUCUUAUAUUUUGAACUUUCAAAUUGUGAUCUCUUGAGAAUAUAACCAUGGACCAAUGUGAAAUGUAAAAGGAAACAGGGGUUCCAAAGAAAUUCUCUAGAAUUUACUUAACAUACUAUACUUAGUUUGAACCAGUAUAAAUCUAUAAAUUUACUAAAUGACUUCGACAAAAAUUGUUGAUUUAAAUUUCUUGAAUAUCUCUUUAUCCCCUGAACAUUGCAAAUAAUUAUUUAUAUCUGCGAAAUUUAAAUAAAAGAAAUAAUUCUGUAAUGUGUAAAUGUUGGAUCAAUUGUAGAAAGUUUUGGUAAAACAAUGAAUAGAAUAUAAUUGUAGGUACUGUGUUUAAUGUGUAAGAAUAAACUCGUGUAUUGACAAAUCA